AUGAGUGUUGGAAAGGGGUUUAAGGGGUCGGGACUGUCGGGUGCUCUACACUAUUCACAAACGGCUGGACUGGUCCUCCUGUUUGAUGGCCCUCUCGUCCCAAAGGGUACGUCCACUACAGGCGCACACUUUUUUGCUGUUAUCGCCGACACUGGAAGCGCGGGCGACGAUACCGGCGCCCACAACACCACCGCCGCCACCAGUAGUUCCCGACUGUUUAGCACUGAUACCCAGCGCUCGGCCAAUACAGGCGCUGAGCUCGCAAUUGUCGACCACUGUCUUCAGCGAACCUCUGGCCGGAUAACCACUGGUCUGGAAGUUGUCGGCAAUGGGCAGGUAUACGGAGCCCAAGCGCUGGAACCGUUCGCCGCUGAGGUCGCCGUACGCGUGAAUGUUGACCGAGUAGUCGUACCGGUGAUUUCGGUAACAGCGGCCACACUAUCGCCCAAACCCUUGACAACAGUCGUGAGACCUAAGUUGGUCUCAAUCGCCGAUUGGAUGUCGUGUACGGAUGUCUUGGAAGCGAUGGACGUCUGGUCAGCGGUAGGCGUGAGCUCUACGAUCACGCGUUGGCUCUGGAGGUCAAUGUCGAGCACUCGUACGUCCGGGAAGUGUGACAACUGGUCGGCGAUCUUCGCUUACUUUUGUGGCCAUAAUUGUCACCAAUUGGUUCCCACGAAGAAGUUUAUGUCCCCUCAGCAGAGAGUUGAAUACAUAACAAACAGAUCCGUCGUUGCGAUGACUGAAUCGGUGCCGGAGUUUACUAUCAUUGAGAAGACAUACGAAUUGGACACCAAAGACACCGUACGGUUGCUGUGCAUCAGAGGGGGGCAGACAUUCAUGGUAUGGGUGGGCGAGUCGGGGGUCGGCACCGGUGCCCCCCAGUUGGCCGACCUGUCCUUAGCGGUGGGCGACCACUCGACAGCCGUAUUGUCGGCCACCAGUGGUGACCAAUUGAGUGCCGGUUUGGCUGCGAAACUGUCCAAAAAGUACAAUAAGAGUCGACCC